ACAAGUCUCCGCUCAGCUUCGGGUGUCGCACUGAACAGCUGGAUGGGACGUUAUGAGCUCGAACCAUUCUAUGAGCGUUCGAUGACCAGUGAAUCCUGUAGACAAUCAAAUACCAAACAUCAGAGAAGUAUCCACCUUCCAGUCACAGGCUACCUUGAACUAGACUCCAGCACGAUCUGUCGGCAAGAAGUUCCUCCGUCAGUCGCACGAUUCAGCUGCAAACAGCGAUCGACCAGGAGUCUGGGCAUGCGCAUCUAGCUUUGUCUCGAAGCUCCUAUCGCCCAUUCCAGCAUCUGACGAGGCCUUUGACGAACCGGAGUACAACUCGCUUGCGAUAUCUCGAUAAUGCCGGGUUACUACAAUUUAAAAGCGCUCAUCAAGGCUAUUCGGUCUUGUAAGACCUUGGCCGAUGAGCGCUCACUCAUCCAGAAGGAGUCAGCUGCUAUCCGUACGGCUUUCAAAGAAGAGGACUCCUUCUCACGACACAACAACAUAGCCAAGCUGCUCUACAUCCAUAUGCUCGGUUAUCCUGCACAUUUCGGUCAGAUUGAAUGUCUUAAACUUGUUGCCAGUCCUCGCUUUAGCGAUAAGCGUUUGGGAUACCUCGGCAUCAUGCUGCUGUUGGACGAGAAUCAGGAGGUUUUGACACUGGUGACAAAUUCGUUGAAAAAUGACAUGAAUCAUUCCAACAUGUACGCCGUGGGGCUCGCUUUGUGCACCUUUGCCAACAUCUCAUCCGAGGAAAUGUCGCGGGAUCUCUGCAACGAGAUCGAGAAGCUGCUCGGGAGCAGCAAUACGUACAUUCGGAAAAAGUCGGCGCUGUGUGCAUUGAGAGUGAUCCGAAAGGUUCCUGAACUUGUCGAUCAUUUCCUCGACAAGGCGAAGGGACUGCUCCACGACCGAAACCAUGGCGUUUUGCUUGCGGGGGUUACGCUUGUCACUGAGAUGUGCAGGCUGGACCGGGGCGUCUGUGAUGCGCUUAGAAAGACGGUAUCCUUAUUGGUAAAACACUUGAAGGCGUUGGUCACCACCGGCUACAGUCCAGAGCACGAUGUGAACGGGAUCACGGACCCCUUUCUACAAGUGAAGAUUCUGAGGCUCUUGCGAGUGCUUGGAAGCGGGAACGCUGAAGCGAGCGAAGCGAUGAACGAUAUCCUCGCACAAGUCGCUACCAAUACCGAUUCUAGCAAGAACGUCGGCAAUGCCAUUCUAUACGAGGCAGUUCUGACGAUUCUUGAAAUCGAAGCAGAUAGCGGUCUCAGGGUGAUGGCUAUCAAUAUUUUGGGCAAAUUCCUCGGCAACAGAGACAACAACAUUCGUUACGUUGCGCUCAACACGUUGAACCAAGUCGCGGUGACGGAAAAUGCGGUACAGAGGCAUCGCGAUGUCGUCCUAUCUUGUUUGGCCGAUGGCGAUGUCUCUAUUCGGAGAAGAGCUUUGGAACUCUCUUAUGCCCUGAUCAACGAGCAGAACGUCAAAGCCUUGAUGAGAGAACUGCUGAGCUUCCUGGAGGUUGCCGAUAAUGAAUUCAAGCUGGGUCUUACGACCCAAAUCUGCUUGGCUGCAGAGCGUUAUGCUCCUGAUAAGCGUUGGCACAUCGACACCAUGCUCAGAGUUCUUCAAGUAGCCGGAAAUCACGUCCGUGAUGAAGUCAUGUCGUCGUUCAUCCGACUCGUGUGCCAUACGGUGGAAUUGCAGUCAUACACUGUCAGCCGGUUAUUCCGGGCAUUACAGGCCGACGUGAGCCAAGAAUCCUUGACCUUGGUUGCGGUUUGGAUCCUGGGCGAAUUCGGAGAUUCUGUCCUCCAAUCUUCAUCCAACGGAAUUAUGACCGACAACUCGGAAGAGAUCUCCGACGUAGAGGUACUCGAUCUCCUCGAAAUGGUCAUCAAAUCGCCUUACGCCAAUUCUCUGAUUAGGCAGUACACCCUAACUGCGUUAUCCAAGUUUGCCAUUCGGUUAGGCGAGGCCUCGAGUCCCAAUGCGGCGAACCAAGUCGAGAGGAUUCGGGAUAUCCUGAGCAAGUAUUCUGAGAGCCAGGAUCUCGAACUCCAGCAGCGCUCAGUCGAAUUUGAAGCUCUGUUCACCAAGGGAGACCUUGUGAACGGUGUCUUGGAACAUAUGCCCGCUCCGGAAAUCCGGGCAACGAUCAUGGGUACAGUCUCCGAGAAGCGCAAUGUCGGAUCGACGCGGACCGAUACUGACUCCUUAGUGGAUCUUAUGGGCGACGACACCCAAGGACCUAAUACCGAGACGACAUCGAGCGUGAACGCCCAUGAUCUUCUGGCAGAUAUCUUUGGCGGCUCUUCGGAUCCAGCUCCGAGCGCCGUGUCGUCGAAGCCGGCCAACCCGGUCAAUGAUAUCAUGAGCCUGUUUGGCAAUUCCGACAGCGCCCGUAGCCCAGGACAAGGUCCUGGUUCCGCCGUUGCCAAUUCUGCAGAUUUGCCGUCUGGACUGCUAGCGAGCGGUUCUGCUAUGCCAUCGGGUACAUCGCAACAACAAGCCGGCAAAGACGCCCCCAAGGAGGUUCCGACACAAGCGAAAUCGACCCUUCAGCAAUACACUGCUUAUGAGAAGAAUGACUUGAAGAUUACUCUUACGCCCAAAGUCAAUCCUUCUCAGCCAGGCAUGGUUCAGAUCCUUGUUCGUUUCACGGCGACUGCCUCCGUUACGCUGGAGAAUGUGAACUUCCAGGCAGCAGUACCGAAGACGCAGCAGCUUCAAAUGCUGGCUAUGAGUAAUGGAAACGUCGCACCAGGCACGGUCGAAUCGCAACAAAUGCGCAUUAUUGCCCCGCCGGGAGCUCAGAUCAGGUUGAGACUGAGAAUCACCUUCCAGCAUGGAUCGCAGUCUAUACAGGAACAGGUGGACUUCAGCGCCUUUCCUGCCAACCUGACUCAAGGCGGAUAGCCGUCGUGUUAUAUUACGUGGUUCUGAACGUUGUAUAAUUCUGCCGAUUACUAUAGACAUGCUAGACAUGCAGCAUGCAGACAGAUUCAUCGACCCAUGACCUGG